CCAGCCUGGAACAUGCGACCGAUAAUGAGGGCAUGAUCAAGCCGUUCAGGAACCAAAAGUAUUCCAAGGAGAGAAUCGAAAUUUGUUGCUGGCAGACUUUGGUAAGAAACCCCUGAUGAACAAAGGUAGAUCGGCUCGCUGACAGCUAUUUAGGAGGCUGUUAUCAUGCGUCAGAAGGGAGGUCCACUUCUGGCAGCCUAUGAUACCACAGGCAAGGCCGAGAGCGAGACGCUCAAUUUUGCUCAACGAAUGACUCGCAUUAUCGAGUGCUUUUAUAGACACAAGACCGUCUGCAAGCACAUUCUUGACCCUCUCUAUGUGUACAACCUGGUCGACAACCCCACGGCGGCUGAGAGACGCGUUGAAAGCAACAAGCUGCUGAAUCGACGCAAGAGUCAAAUCAUGACGGCCGGCAAAGAAGCUAUGCGUAUUGGACAACGCAACGAGCCUUCCACUCCCACCCCCACCCCCAAAACGGCUCGCAGGACGGUCGCUCAGAAGGCUCCCAGAACGGUUGGUAGCAAAGCAGUUGCCCGCAAGACGCCCAGAACCACAACCGCCAGCAAGGCCAAGAGAUGCGCAGUCAGUCCUACUCAUUCUGACACCUCAAAGAGUUCAGCGGAGCAUGACAGAAUCUUUACCCCCUCGAGCACUCCUGAACCCACCGGAAGUGAAGCUGACGCGAGCCCCCAGAGCCUGGUUGCUUCGGUGCCUUGUAGCGCUUCCAUGCUCGUCCCUCAGGCAACGUCUUACUACCCCCAGCAAAUGGUGAGUAGAGAGCCUGCGUACCACUUCGACCCCAUCGUGGCCUACGCUGCUCACAAUAAGAGUUAUCCGCAGGCUUACAUGUCGAAUGUGCAUUCCCAUCGCAUGACCGGCCCGACCUCCUAUUCCCUGCCCGCUCAGGGUUUCAUGUCUAGCCAUCCGGCGUCAUAUUAUGCCACUGGUUCCAUGACCGAUUUGCAUGUUAACUCAAGCCCCGUCACUGGAGGCACAGCUUGUCAGAAUCAGGUGGCAACUCCGACAAAAGCUAGUCGAAAAAGGCCCAGUAUCAAAAUCACCGAUGAAAUGGGACAGCCUUCGUCCGCGGAGAAGAAAAAGCGCCAGCGAGCUUCUUAAGUGGUGUGCUUGGGAAUGGCCCGGCUAUCGGUUUCUUUUUCCUCUUUUCCCUUUUUCGUUUUAUUUAUUCCCGGUUUUAAUAUCGUUUUUUGAUCUUGU